GACACUUGACAGUUGACUGUUGAAAACUACAGUCGGUAAUCGGUAUUCUCGCGUGUUGGUCGUAGGAUGUCUAAUGACAUUUAAAGUUAACUAUUAGCGAUGGAACCUAUAAUAUUGAGUUGGAAAUUGUUUUCUUAGAAUAAGUUAAUUCAAGUAAUGAAUAUACCCACAAUGAAACAUACGUAAAUAAAAUGACAAAGUGAGUUAAUAAUAGUAAUAAAUUCUAGCCCGUGGUGUUUUCCUUUUGCUUUCUCUGAAUUUGUCUUUAUAAUUCGGAAAAUUUCAAACCCGAUACUCGGAAAGGUUUGCGCUAUAAAAUAAUUGGAAAUGGAAAAUAAAGAAGCAGAAACUGAUUGCACCGAAUCCAAGAUGAGUAAAGCAGUCGAACAAAAGGUUGAAGAAAUGGUGAGAAAAGAACCCAUCUGGAUUUUCGGUUAUGGAUCUUUGUGCUGGAAUCCUGGCUUUGGCUACCAACAGUCAGUUAUCGGAUAUAUAACAGGAUUUUCUAGAAGAUUUUGGCAAGGAAACACUACACAUCGCGGCACUGAUGCCAAGCCGGGGAGAGUUGCAACUCUUGUUGAAGAUAAAGAGGGAAUCACGUGGGGAAAAGCCUUCCUAAUAUCUCCGGAUGACAAAGCAGCGCUUCCAUAUUUAUCGACGAGAGAGUGCAAACUCGGCGGUUACAGAGUUUACUCAGUGAACUUCCAUUCCAGAUCAAUAAGUCUACCUUCUAGCUCGUCAAGCACUGAUACAAAAACCGCCCUCCUUUACAUAGCUGUUCCAGAGAACAAGCAUUGGCUGGGUUCGGCUCCCUUACCAGAUAUCGCCAAACAGAUCCUCGAAUGCCACGGCUCUUCAGGCUCGAACGUAGAAUAUCUCCUCAGGUUAGCUGAUUUCAUGAGAAUGGAGGUCCCUGAAGCUUUGGACGAACAUCUUUUCUCUUUGGAGAGGUUAGUAUGGAAGUUUGCUGCGGAUAUGAAAAUCUGCUUGAGGUCGUUGAUGGGUGAUGAAAAGAAGGACGACGUAAAACCGGAAGUGAAAGCUCCAAGCUUCCAAUUCGCGUCGCGGAUACCAGAUAAGAAAUUACGUUGUGUCAACAUGUGAUGUGAGCCGCUCACCUGGAUGACGAAUCGUUAUUGUGUUAUAUAAAGCUUUAAUAAUCAAAAGUUCUACACGAGUCGCGUGUUCAGUGAUUGUGAUAACGCUCAUGUAAUAUUGUAUAAAAAAUGUAAUGUCUAUAACCAUUGUUCCUCAUAUAGGUUAAAAAAAAACUUACCUGUUAUGAUAGAAACUGAUAACAAAUAACAAUACAACGGAUGCAUUCACUUAAACAUCCCAUAGUUUAAUUUUUUAUUUUUUUGAACGCUACUUUAGUGUAACAAAUCGUCAAUCGAAUCGGUAUCGAUUAAUAAUCGAUUCGAUUUGACUUGAUGAAUUCAUCGCAGAGAAAUAAACAAAAAUAAUAAUAAAACAAUAUUAAAGUUGUAUAGAUUAAUUAAACAUUUUAAACGCUGGCGUUUUUAAUGUUUGGUUAUAUUAAUAUGUAAUUUUAAUUUUCAUGUAAAUGUAAAAAAAAAAUCUUCGUAAUAACAUAUUAUGACCAAAAAUAUUUAAAGUAUUAUGGACCAUGUAUGACUAGGAUUAAGUUGAUUUAUUUAUUAUUUGACGAUAAUUUGAAAAUAAAUACAUAUUAAUAAAGAAUUUGUAUAGAAUGAUUUUUUAAGUGAUAUUCGUAUUAAAUAAACAGUAAUAUUAAAUAAAGAAAUUAAUACAACAAUAAA